ACACGUAGCAGAACCGCGAGCAAGAACUUGAGCCUAUGGCUUCCGUUUAAUCAUCCUCCAACUACGGAAAUCGUCGACGAAGACCCUUCCUUUAAAUUCUACCAUCUUCUGUUUCGAUUUAUCAUUUCUUGUUUCCGUCAGAUUCCAUACUCGAAUCCUUGUUACACCCCCGAUAUAUCCUCCCUGAUUCUUCGGUGAAGGAGGCGAAAGAGGAGCUCUCAUGGCGGCCACCGCUUCGAACUCGUUGUUGCUCUCCUCGAAUUUCCUCGGAACCCAUAUCAUAAUUUCGGCUCCAACCCCGACGAAACACUCCUUCCCUCUCCAGUUCUUCUCCCGGAGAAGAUACCAGAUCACUCGAUCUGCUUUGGGAAGGAAACCCAAUUCAUCCGAUGCAAAACCCAUGAAAUCGCUCUCCUCCCAAGCCGCGUUAGCCGCGUUGCUGUUCUCUUCGGUGUCUCCGCGGGCGUCGGCUCUUGACGAGCCAGCAACGGUGUCUCCGCCGCCGAUGGUAGUCGAAGCUCAGGCCGCGAAGCCGUCGCCAACGGCAUCGUCGUUCGGACAAAACUUGGUGAUGACAGCACCGAAGCCGCAGGCCCAGUCAGACCUUCCCGAUGGCUCGCAAUGGCGAUACAGUGAGUUCCUGAACGCAGUGAAGAAAGGUAAAGUGGAGAGAGUGAGAUUCAGCAAAGACGGCUCAGCCCUUCAGCUCACCGCCGUCGAUGGACGUCGCGCCAACGUCACCGUCCCCAACGACCCCGAUCUCAUCGACAUCUUGGCCAUGAACGGAGUCGAUAUAUCGGUGUCGGAGGGAGAAUCCGGAAACGGGUUGUUCAACUUCAUCGGAAACUUGCUUUUUCCGAUCUUGGCUUUCGCCGGGUUGUUCUUCCUCUUCCGGAGAUCUCAGGGAGGUCCCGGAGGUCCUGGGGGACUAGGGGGUCCAAUGGAUUUCGGACGAUCGAAGUCGAAGUUCCAAGAAGUGCCGGAGACAGGAGUGUCAUUCGCCGAUGUUGCCGGAGCCGAUCAAGCGAAGCUAGAGUUGCAAGAAGUGGUUGAUUUCUUGAAGAACCCUGAUAAGUACACGGCGUUAGGAGCUAAGAUUCCCAAAGGGUGUUUGCUCGUGGGACCUCCGGGGACUGGGAAAACCCUAUUGGCUCGAGCAGUGGCAGGGGAAGCGGGAGUGCCCUUCUUCUCCUGCGCGGCUUCGGAGUUUGUGGAGCUUUUCGUGGGUGUUGGUGCGUCUAGGGUUAGGGAUUUGUUUGAGAAGGCGAAAUCGAAAGCGCCAUGCAUUGUGUUCAUUGAUGAGAUUGAUGCUGUGGGGAGGCAGAGAGGAGCUGGACUUGGUGGAGGGAAUGAUGAGAGAGAGCAGACGAUUAAUCAGUUGUUGACGGAGAUGGACGGAUUCUCGGGGAACUCCGGUGUGAUCGUGUUGGCCGCUACUAAUAGACCUGACGUUCUUGAUGCUGCGUUGCUUAGGCCGGGGAGGUUUGAUAGGCAGGUCACUGUGGACAGGCCUGAUGUUGCAGGCCGGGUCAGGAUCCUUCAGGUGCAUUCUAGAGGGAAGGCGCUUGCGAAAGAUGUGGACUUUGACAAGAUUGCGAGGAGAACACCUGGUUUUACGGGUGCUGAUUUGCAGAACCUGAUGAAUGAAGCGGCCAUUCUUGCGGCUAGACGUGACCUUAAGGAGAUAAGUAAGGACGAAAUAUCUGAUGCUCUCGAGAGGAUCAUCGCUGGACCUGAGAAAAAGAAUGCAGUCGUAUCUGAUGAGAAGAAGAAACUAGUUGCCUACCACGAGGCUGGACACGCUCUAGUAGGUGCAUUAAUGCCGGAGUAUGAUCCUGUGGCCAAGAUAUCCAUCAUUCCUCGUGGCCAGGCCGGUGGGCUCACCUUUUUUGCGCCGAGCGAAGAGAGACUCGAGUCUGGAUUGUACAGCAGGAGCUACCUCGAGAACCAGAUGUCUGUUGCACUUGGUGGAAGGAUUGCAGAGGAGGUUAUCUUUGGUGAGGACAAUGUGACAACAGGAGCAUCAAACGACUUUAUGCAAGUCUCUCGGGUGGCACGUCAGAUGGUCGAGAGAUUCGGGUUCAGCAAAAAGAUUGGCCAAGUUGCCAUUGGCGGCUCGGGUGGAAACCCCUUCUUGGGUCAACAAAUGUCUUCACAGAAGGAUUACUCGAUGGCAACUGCGGAUGUGGUGGAUGCCGAGGUACGUGAACUAGUGGAGAGAGCGUACGCAAGGGCCAAGCAGAUCAUUACAACUCACAUCGACAUCCUCCACAAGCUUGCUCAGCUUCUCAUAGAGAAAGAAACCGUCGAUGGAGAGGAGUUCAUGAGUCUCUUCAUCGAUGGAAAAGCCGAGUUGUUCGUUUCUUGAUUCUAGCUAACCCAGAAAUCUGCAGUGCCAAGGCUUGUAAUACGGUUAGCUUCAUGUGCACUGAUAUACUCACGUCGAUAUAGGUGUAAUAUUCAUUUUAUUUUUGACAAAUACAAGACGAAGACUUCCUUAA